AGCUCCCUCUCACCAAUUCUCCAUAGGUUCUGUCCCUCCAACUACCAAGCUUGGUGACCACUAUUCUCUCGACAUCCUUCUCCCCCGGGCCCUAGACUAGGGUUAGGGUUGUGAGUGUCGGAGUUCGAAUUUGAGAUCAUUGUCACUCCUUUUCGAACCAUCGUCAGCCACAUUUCUCCGCAAUUCCAUUCAACUUACCAAAUUCAACAACACGUCUUAUUCUACCAUGUCUGUAACGCCCCUAACAAUGCGUCGCUUGAUGCGUGAGAUCACUGAGUUGAAGAACAACCCACCGGAGGGCAUUCGCGUCGUCACGAGUGAGGAGAAUAUGCUUGAACUCACAGGCAUUGUUGAGGGACCAGAGCAAACGCCAUACGCGGGUGGGUACUUCAGGGUGCGGUUCCAAUUUACACAUGAAUUCCCCACUGCGCCACCAAAAUGCUGGUUUGCAACCAAGAUCUUCCACCCAAACGUCUCUUCUGCGGGCGAGAUCUGUGUGAACACGUUGAAGAAGGAUUGGCAAUCGUCAUAUGGCAUUGGUCAUAUUCUCGUGACAAUCAAGUGCCUCCUCAUUUAUCCUAAUCCCGAAAGUGCGCUCGACGAGGAAGCGGGGAAGCUCCUCCUGGAGGACUACGACGCGUAUUGUUCCCGCGCGAAGCUUAUAACAAGUGUGCACGCCACUCCUCGCAUACCACCUCCCGAAUUUCAAACAACAUCCACCGAGAAAGAAGGAGAGUCAUCUACGACGCCGAUACCGGCUUCGAUUCCAACACCAGCUGUGGUGCCACCACCAACUAUUAUGCUACCUGUCCCAACAUCUGCAUCAUCGCCACGCAAAUCGACGUCCCCCACGCCACCAUCACAACCUCUCCAAUCAUCACCAGAAAAUACCCUACCAUCAUCCAUCUCUACGAGCACUGUAUCCAGCAAAGACGGCAAAGAGCGCUUGGCACCGCUGGGGACUGCAAAUUCCAAUGUUGCGGGCCCAGCUGCGACUGCAACAACCAAAGCCGUCAAACGAUCUGCAGUCUCAGCUGGCUCGGGGAUAGAGAAGCGUAAGAAAGCGUUGAAGCGUCUAUGAGAGUGCGUCAUGUACAUACGCCAUGAUCUAGGGCAUUGGUGCAAUAGGGGGAUAUUUUUUGCAGAUAGUCAUUGUUCUGUUCUUUCUUUACUAUCGAUAUGGCUGUCGUGUUUGUUUUCGUUAAUAUCAUAAUGCCAUACACAAGACUAUUUUAAACUGAA